CCGCGUUGGAGUUUGACGUGGCACUUUGCGUAUACAUUGUGAGAUUCUCAGUGGAAAGGACGCUCCGGAUUUUCUCUAUCGUUCAGGCUUUUGAUCUUUGGCCAAGUUUGGAAUGAAAAAAUUCUAACAGGAAGAUGAGUCAACAGGGUUAUGUUGCUACCCCUCCAUACUCCCAGGCCCAGCCAGGUAUGGGUGGAUACCCCACUGGGUUUGGGAGCCCAUCUGCCCAAGCCCUGUAUGGGCAUUAUGGAGCUCCACCUCAGACCUACCCCUCCCAACCAGCAGGUAUGCAAAAGGCCCCUGCCUCUUCUCCCUCUGGAAUGCCACCACCGCCUGUCCCCGGCCAUUAUGGAUCAAAUAUUCAGCAGAAUGGUGCCCACUCCCAGAGGUUCCCUCCCCCUCCUGCUGCCUCCACUCCAUCUAUGUCUCCAUAUGGACAACCCCCUUUAAGCCAGUAUCAAAGCAUGGCACAGGCCACACCUCCAACGCAGCAGCUAGCCAAUCAGAUGAGUGCAAUGAACAUUGGUGGAUAUGGGCAAAGCCUCAUGCAGCCUCCUCAGUCUCCGUCCAGCUCAGCGGGGCAGCAGCAGUUCCAGUCGGCCCCUCCACCAGCGAUGGGGCAUCCACUUCUGACCCCCCCUGGACCCCAGUCUCCAUCAAUGGGAGCACCUUCACCAAUGACACCUGGCCCACCCAUGGGCUCCAUGACAGCUCCACCGAUGGGAAUGACAAAUUCCCUUUCAGGCCCUCCACCCAUGGGUGGAGGAGCUUUUCAGCAGCCCCCUGGCCCUAGACCUCAGGGAUUUCCACCACAACCAGGCCCGUAUGGAGGUCAAAUGCCUGGGGCACAAAUGGCUGGUCUGCAGCCAGGCUUCCCGGGGGCCUUCCCUGGAGGAACUGCCCAGAUGGCUGGCCCCCCUCAAAAGAAACUGGAUCCAGACUCCAUCCCUAGCACUACUCAAGUGAUUGAAGAUGAUCAAGCUAAGAGAGGAGGCCAAGUCUAUGCCACCAACCUCAGGGGUCAGGUUCCCCCGCUGGUCACCACCAACUUCACCGUCCAGGAUCAAGGAAAUGCUAGCCCCAGGUUCAUGCGAUGCACCACCUACUCCUUCCCGUGUACUUCGGACCUUGCUAAGCAAUGCCAGGUACCUUUGGCCACUAUCAUCAAACCCUUUGCCACGCUGCCCAAGGAUGAGACUCCUCUGUACCUAGUGAACCAUGGGGAGACAGGACCAAUCCGUUGCAAUCGCUGUAAAGCCUACAUGUGCCCGUUCAUGCAGUUUAUUGACGGAGGCCGACGAUACCAGUGUGGUUUCUGUAACUGUGUGAAUGAGGUACCAGUCCAGUAUUUCCAACACCUGGACCAUAUGGGCAGGAGAAUGGACCUGUAUGAAAGACCAGAGCUGUCACUGGGCUCCUAUGAAUUCGCGGCCACGUUAGAUUACUGCAAGAACAAUCAACCUUCAAAUCCUCCAGCGUACAUAUUCAUGAUUGAUGUCUCUUACACUAACAUCAAGAGUGGACUCGUCAAGCUAUUGUGUGAGGAACUGAAGACGCUGCUGGACAGACUUCCCAAAGAGGAGGGGAUGGAGAGUUCGGCCAUAAAAGUCGGCUUUGUCACCUACAACAAGAUUCUGCACUUCUACAACGUGAAGAGCGGGCUGGGCCAGCCGCAGAUGAUGGUGGUCUCAGACGUCGCCGAGGUCUUCGUACCCCUACUCGACGGUUUCCUCGUCAACUUCCAGGAAUCUCGAGCUGUUAUCAACAAUUUGCUGGAUCACAUCCCUGAGAUGUUUGCUGACACCAAUGAGAGCGAGACGGUUUUUGCCCCCGUCAUUCAAGCUGGCGUUGAAGCACUGAAGGCAGCUGAGUGCAGCGGUAAACUCUUCAUUUUCCAUUCUUCCAUUCCCACUGCUGAGGCUCCUGGCAAGCUGAAGAACAGAGAUGACAGGAAACUGGUCAACACAGAGAAAGAGAAGACACUGUUCCAGCCUUUGCGGGGUGUGUAUGAGCAGCUGUCAAAAGAGUGUGUGUCCCAGGGCUGUUGUGUGGACCUGUUCCUCUUCCCCAGUCAGUAUCUGGACAUAGCAACAAUGGGAGACGUACCAACACACACUGGGGGCUCUGUGUACAAAUAUAACAAUUUCCAGGCCCAUGUAGAUGGUGAACAUUUCCUGAGUGACUUAAGGAAGGAUUUGGAGAAGUCCAUUGGAUUUGAUGCCAUCAUGCGUGUCCGCACUAGCACAGGUUUCCGAGCCACAGACUUUUUCGGUGCCAUCUACAUGAACAACACCACGGACGUGGAGAUGGCCGCAGUGGACUGUGACAAGGCUGUCACCGUAGAGUUUAAACACGAUGACACUCUUAGUGAGGAUACAGGAGCACUCAUACAGUGUGCUUUGCUCUACACCACCAUUAGCGGUCAGAGGAGACUGAGGAUCCAUAACCUCAGUCUGAACUGCAGUUCCCAGCUGGCCGAUCUCUACAAGAGCUGCGAAACUGACGCCCUCAUUAACUUCUUCGCCAAAUCAGCGUACCGUGCCAUGCUGAAUCAGCCUCUGAAGACAGUGAGGGAAAUACUGGUCAACCAGACGGCCCAUAUGCUGGCCUGUUACCGCAAGAACUGCGCAAGUCCCUCUGCGGCCAGCCAGCUGAUCCUGCCGGACGCGAUGAAGGUGUUCCCAGUUUACAUGAAUAGUUUGAUGAAGACUCCUGCACUAGUGGGCAAUGCUGAGCUGUCCACAGACGACAGGGCUCUUCACAGAUUGGCCGUUAUGUCUAUGGGAGUGGAGGAGACCCAGGUUCUUCUGUACCCGCGCCUUAUCCCAGUGCACUCUGUGGACGUAGGCAGCGAUGUGAUUCCAGCUCCCGUGCGCUGCUCUGAGGAGCGUCUGAAUGACGCGGGCGUGUUCCUGUUAGAGAACGGGCGUUCCCUCUUCCUGUGGCUGGGACAAGCCUGUCCUCCAGACCUCAUCCAGAGUCUCUUCAAUGUGCCCUCGCUUGCCCACCUCACCGCCGAAGUGACAUCUCUGCCGGAGCUGGAUAACCCUCACUCCAAGAAGCUACACUCCAUCAUCUCCAGUAUCAGGGAACUUAGACCAUACUCCAUGAAGUUGCUGAUUGUGAAGCAGAAAGACAGGCCGGAGAUGCUGUUCCGACAGUACCUGGUGGAGGAUAAGGGUCUUCACGGCGGGGCCUCUUACAUGGACUUCCUGUGUUAUGUCCACCGUGAGAUUAGACAGCUGCUCACUUAACACACACCUAAACCAAGAGAAUCUGUGCAUGUGUGUUUGUGUGUGUGUGUGUGUGUGUGUGUGUAUGUGUGUGUAUGAGGGGAGGGAUGACCAGACUUAACACCUCCCACUAUCUCCACAGCUGCCUGUGUUUGACCAAACACCCCCUGUCCACUGCACUCUACACGAUGUGGGGUUCCCUAUUUUGGACUUUUAUUUCUGCAUUUCGUAUCUUACAUGAGAACUUUAUUCUUGUUUUGCUGACGUCUUCGUCCUUCUACUUUCCUGUUUUUUUUUGUUUUUUUUUUUAAUGUGUACGUUUACCUUGUACUAGAAACUUUGAGAUUGGCAAAUAUCAUUUCAGUCCAGUACCGUUGUGGAGUCGUUUUCAUUUCCGUGUGCGAUAAAUGUAAGUCGUGUACAUGAAAGCCAUGUAGAAAGGGAAUUUUCCAAGGACCAUGCUUAAAUCAGUUUAAACGCGUUUAUAUAUAAAAAAAAAACAUUUUAAAUGUGCUUAAAGGGUCAGAACAGACAUAUUUUUUGACCAGUUUUUGGUGUUUAAGACCAAAUACUGGACACAAAGUUAAAAUAUCAUUUUCUGUAAAAUAAAUAAAUAAAUAAA